ACUUCAGUGCAGUAGUUCUACUACACAAACAAAAAUUGUACUAAACAUAAAUCUCUGUUCAGUCCGAAAUCAUACAGAACAAUUUUGAGUGAAAAGGCUUUCCGCCUGUGGGAAGAUUGAGGAACAGGGUCCAGGAGUCUGUGAUAAUCACAACUUCUCCCCUUUGAAAGUUUUGUAUGAACAGCUGUAGGACACAGCCUCGCUGUUAUUGUUUUACGCGUUGACACAGUAUGACUCAACAAAUUUCAUCAUAUCUGCAAAUCUAUCACCACCUGCAAAGCUAAAUCUGGAAAUUCAAUGGCCGCUUGUAGUAAAAACAAACUGUUAUAAAAUAAAAUUCACUUCAGAAACAGGCAACUGGACAAUAAGAGACACUGGUGGUUUCUAAAACAUGCAGCUGCUUUGUCCUAUGAUGCCUGACUCUGUUUUACAGUAGCAGUUGUUGCUACAAGGGUAGGAGGUUAGUGUGUGUGCGUGUGUGUGCAUCUGUGCGUGCCUUAGAGAGGUGAGUGAGACCUACGCCACAUUGAGAAAUGUGAAGGAGGACCACAGGGUGAAGUGUGGAGAGCUGGUUUCUGUAUAGUGGAUGCUCUUUUUUUGUGAGACGUUGUUUCUGUGCAUGAGGGUUUCACAAAAAUGAUGAGAUGAAUGCGAUGGAAGUGCUACCAGUUUUAAAGGACAAAGUUGCCUUUUUGUCAGGGGGCAGAGAUAAGCGUGGAGGUCCAGUCCUAACAUUUCCAUCACGCAGCAACCACGACAGAAUACGACAAGAAGACCUUAGGAGACUCAUUUCAUAUCUAGCUGGUAUCCCCAGUGAGGAUGUGUGUAAGCGAGGAUUCACAGUCAUUGUGGACAUGCGUGGUUCAAAGUGGGACUCAAUUAAACCUCUCCUAAAGAUCCUCCAAGAAUCGUUUCCAUGCUGUAUUCAUGUUGCACUGAUUAUAAAGCCUGACAACUUCUGGCAGAAACAGAGGACUAAUUUUGGCAGUUCAAAGUUUGAAUUUGAGACGAGCAUGGUGUCAAUAGAAGGCCUUACCAAAGUUGUUGACCCUUCCCAGCUGACCCCGGAUUUCGAAGGCAGCUUGGAUUACAACCACGAGGAGUGGAUCGAGAUCCGGGUGGCAUUUGAGGACUUUAUAAGCAACGCCACGCACAUGCUGUCUCGACUGGAGGAGCUACAGGAGAUGCUUGCCAAAAAAGACUUCCCUCAGGACCUGGACGGGGCUCGGCGCAUGAUCGAGGAGCACUCGCAGCUCAAGAAGAAGGUGAUCAAGGCUCCCAUCGAGGAGCUGGACACGGAGGGGCAGAAGCUGUUGCGGAGGAUUCAGAGCAGCGACGGCUUCCCCAACAAGAACACGGUGACGAGCAACGCCGACCUGCAGAGCCUCGUCCCCAAGGUCUCCUCCAUGCUGGACAAGCUGCACUCCACCAGGCAACAUCUGCACCAGAUGUGGCAUGUCAGGAAGCUGAAGCUCGACCAGUGUUUCCAGCUCAGGCUCUUUGAGCAAGACGCAGAGAAGAUGUUUGACUGGAUCCUGCACAACAAGGGCCUGUUUCUGACGAGUUACACAGAGAUUGGAACCAGCCAUCCACAUGCAAUGGAAUUUCAGACGCAGCACAAUCACUUUGCCAUGAACUGUAUGAAUGUCUACGUAAAUAUUAACCGUAUCAUGUCAGUGGGCAAUCGCUUGCUCGAGUCAGGUCACUACGCAUCACAGCAGAUCAAGCAGAUCUCCAGCCAGCUAGAGCAGGAGUGGAAGGCGUUUGCUGCAGCGCUGGAUGAACGUAGCACUUUACUGGACAUGUCUGCUGUCUUUCACCAGAAGGCUGAGCAGGUGAGUCAACACUACAUGAACAAUGUGGAUUCGUGGUGCAAGGCCUGUGGGGAAGUAGAUCUUCCCUCUGAACUCCAGGAUCUGGAAGAUACUAUUCACCACCACCAGGGCCUAUAUGAACAUAUCACGGUGGCUUACUCUGAGGUACACUAUGUGGUAAGUCAGGAUGGGAAAGCACUACUCGACAAGCUGCAGCGACCUCUGACCCCUGGCAGCUCGGACACAUUGACAGCCUCUGCCAAUUACUCCAAGGCAGUGCACCACGUGCUGGACAUCAUCCACGAGGUGCUGCACCACCAACGGCAGCUGGAGAACAUCUGGCAGCACCGCAAGGUCCGUCUGCACCAGCGCCUGCAGCUCUGUGUCUUCCAACAGGAUGUCCAGCAGGUUUUGGACUGGAUUGAGAAUCACGGAGAGGCUUUCUUAAGCAAACACACAGGGGUGGGGAAGUCGCUGCACAGGGCAAGAGCUUUGCAGAAGCGGCACGAGGACUUUGAGGAAGUGGCGCAGAACACAUACACCAACGCAGACAAGCUGCUGGAAGCAGCAGAGCAGCUUGCUCAAACAGGGGAGUGUGAUCCGGAAGAGAUUUAUCAGGCUGCUCACCAGCUGGAGGACCGUAUCCAGGACUUUGUGAGGAGGGUGGAGCAGCGCAAGGUCUUGCUGGACAUGUCUGUGUCCUUUCACACUCACGUCAAGGAGCUGUGGACAUGGCUGGAAGAGCUGCAGAAGGAGCUGCUGGAUGAUGUGUAUGCAGAGUCUGUGGAGGCUGUGCAGGACCUGAUCAAGCGCUUCGGACAGCAGCAGCAGACAACCCUGCAAGUCACUGUCAAUGUUAUCAAGGAGGGAGAGGACCUCAUUCAGCAGCUGAGGGAUUCUGCCAUUUCCAGUAAUAAGACUCCCCACAACAGCUCCAUCAACCACAUCGAGGGCGUGCUGCAGCAGCUGGAUGAGGCUCAGGCCCAGAUGGAAGAGCUCUUUCAGGAGCGCAAGAUCAAGCUAGAACUCUUCCUCCAGCUCCGGAUAUUCGAGAGGGAUGCCAUUGAUAUAAUCUCUGACUUGGAGUCGUGGAAUGACGAGUUGUCCCAGCAGAUGAAUGACUUUGACACCGAGGACCUGACACUGGCGGAGCAGAGGCUGCAGCACCAUGCAGACAAAGCCCUGACCAUGAACAAUCUGACCUUUGACGUUAUUCACCAGGGACAGGAGCUCCUGCAGUACGUCAAUGAGGUGCAGACGUCAGGAGUGGAGCUGCUUUGUGACCGGGAUGUUGACAUGGCAACGCGUGUCCAGGAUCUUCUGGAAUUCCUGCAUGAGAAACAGCAGGAGCUGGAUGUGGCAGCAGAGCAACACCGAAGACACCUGGAGCAGUGUGUGCAACUGCGCCACCUGCAGGCAGAGGUCAAACAGGUGCUGGGGUGGAUCCGGAACGGGGAGUCCAUGUUGAAUGCUGGGCUUAUCACAGCCAGUUCACUGCAAGAGGCUGAGCAGCUACAGAGAGAGCAUGAGCAGUUUCAGCACGCCAUUGAAAAAACCCACCAGAGUGCACUGCAGGUGCAGCACAAAGCCGAGGCCAUGCUGCAGUCCAACCACUAUGACAUGGACAUGAUCAGGGACUGUGCGGAGAAGGUGGCCUCCCACUGGCAGCAGCUCAUGCUCAAGAUGGAAGAUCGACUCAAGCUUGUCAACGCCUCAGUCGCCUUCUACAAAACCUCCGAGCAGGUGUGCAGUGUGCUGGAAAGCCUGGAGCAGGAGUACAAGCGGGAGGAGGACUGGUGCGGAGGGGCUGACAAGCUGGGCCCCAACUGUGAUUCUGACCAUGUGACGCCUAUGAUCAGCAAGCACCUUGAACAGAAGGAAGCCUUCCUUAAAGCAUGCACGUUGGCCCGACGGAAUGCCGACGUGUUCUUGAAAUAUCUUCACAGAAAUAGUGUGAACAUGCCUGGAAUGCUCACACAUGCCAAAGCUCCAGAACAGCAAGUAAAAAACAUCUUGAACGAGCUGCUGCAGAGAGAGAAUCGGGUACUUCACUUUUGGACCAUGAGGAAGAGGAGACUGGACCAGUGUCAGCAGUAUGUUGUGUUUGAACGCAGUGCCAAACAGGCUCUGGAAUGGAUCCAUGACACUGGUGAGUUCUAUCUGUCCACUCACACCUCAACAGGGUCCAGCAUACAUCACACGCAAGAGCUUCUAAAAGAACAUGAAGAAUUUCAGAUUACUGCAAAGCAAACCAAAGAACGGGUGAAAUUGUUGAUACAGCUGGCUGAUGGCUUUUGCGACAAAGGACACUCCCAUGCAGUGGAAAUAAAGAAGUGGGUAACGGCCGUGGAUAAGAGAUACAGAGACUUUUCCCUCCGCAUGGACAAGUACCGAACCUCACUGGAAAAGGCUCUGGGAAUUUCAUCUGAUUCCAACAAGUCGGGCAAAGGCCUGCAGCUGGACAUAAUCCCCACUAGUGCUCCGGGGUCAGAGGUCAAGCUGCGGGAUGCUGCCCACGAGCUCAACGAAGAAAAGCGGAAGUCGGCCCGCAGAAAGGAAUUUAUAAUGGCUGAGCUUAUUCAGACAGAGAAAGCCUAUGUUCGGGACCUUCGGGAGUGUAUGGAUACCUACCUGUGGGAGAUGACCAGCGGAGUUGAAGAGAUUCCUCCUGGUAUAGUUAAUAAAGAGCACAUCAUAUUUGGAAAUAUGCAGGAUCUUUUUGAAUUUCAUCACAACAUCUUCCUGAAGGAGCUGGAGAAAUACGAACAGCUACCAGAAGAUGUUGGGCAUUGCUUUGUCACUUGGGCUGAGAAGUUUCAGAUGUAUGUGAAUUAUUGUAAAAACAAGCCUGACUCGACUCAGCUCAUAUUGGAACAUGCUGGACCCUAUUUUGAUGUGAUCCAGCAACGUCACAGACUGGCAAACUCGAUCUCCUCCUAUCUGAUCAAGCCUGUGCAGAGAAUAACAAAGUAUCAGCUCCUUCUAAAGGAACUUUUAACCUGCUGUGAGGAAGGUAAAGGUGAGAUUAAGGAUGGCUUGGAAGUGAUGCUCAGCGUGCCAAAGCGAGCCAAUGAUGCCAUGCAUCUCAGCAUGCUAGAAGGGUUUGAUGAGAAUAUAGAAUCUCAGGGUGAGCUUAUUCUUCAGGAAUCCUUCCAAGUGUGGGAUCCCAAAACUCUCAUCCGGAAGGGACGGGAAAGGCACCUUUUCCUUUUUGAAAUGUCCCUGGUCUUCAGCAAAGAGGUCAAAGACUCCAAUGGGAGAAGUAAAUAUAUCUACAAGAGCAAACUCUUUACCUCCGAGCUGGGUGUCACAGAGCAUGUUGAAGGGGAUCCUUGUAAAUUUGCACUUUGGGUGGGACGGACUCCAACUUCUGACAACAAGAUUGUCCUAAAGCCAAGUCAGGGAUGCAAACAUGGAGCAAUGGGGUCCAGCAUCGAAAACAAACAAGACUGGAUCAAACACAUCAGAGAGGUCAUCCAAGAGAGGACCAUUCACCUGAAAGGUGCUCUGAAGGAGCCCAUUCACAUUCCCAAACCAACUGCCACCAAGCAGAAAGGAAGACGGGAUGGAGAAGACCUGGACAGUCAGGGUGAUGGUAGCAGCCAACCAGAUACAAUCUCCAUUGCCUCACGAACCUCCCAAAACACCCUCGAUAGUGACAAGCUGUCUGGAGGUUGUGAGUUGACGGUGGUGAUCCAUGAUUUUGUGGCCAGUUUCAGCAAUGAGAUAACAGUACGCCGUGGCCAGACAGUGGAGAUCCUGGAACGGCCACACGACAAGCCGGACUGGUGCCUGGUGCGGACCACUGACCGCUCUCCCGCAGCUGAAGGCCUGGUACCCUGCAGCACUCUCUGCAUCGCCCACUCUCGCAGCAGCAUGGAGAUGGAAGGCAUAUUUAACCACAAAGACUCUCUGUCAGUGUCCAGCAACGACGCCAGCCCCCCUGCCUCUGUCACCUUGCAACCCCAUGGGAUUGGCUCCCAGAGCUCCCCUGGCCCCAAGCGCCCUGGCAACACUCUUCGCAAAUGGCUCACCAGCCCAGUGCGACGCCUCAGCAGUGGCAAAGCCGAUGGCCACGUCAAGAAACUGGCUAACAAGCACAAGAAGAGCAGGGACGUACGCAAGAAUGCCGACACAGGCUCCCAGAAGGACUCAGACGACAGCGCUGCAACUCCACAGGAUGAGACUGUCGAAGAGAGGGUGAGGAACGAAGGACUCAGCAGCGGAACACUGUCCAAGUCCUCCUCUUCAGGAAUGCAGAGCUGUGGAGAGGAGGAGGGUGAAGAGGGAGCAGAUUCAGUUCCACUCCCUCCCCCUAUGGCCAUCCAGCAGCACAGCCUCCUGCAGCCAGACUCACAGGAUGACAAGACGUCCUCUCGGAUCUCCGUCCGUCCUACCAGCUCAGAGACCCCUAGUGCUGCGGAACUGGUGAGCGCCAUUGAAGAACUUGUAAAGAGCAAAAUGGCUCUGGAGGACCGGCCCAGCUCCCUGUCAGUGGAGCAGGGGGACAGCAGCAGUCCCUCCUUCAACCCCUCAGACAACUCCCUCAUGUCCUCCUCCUCGCCCAUCGACGAGAUGGAGGAGCGCAAGUCCAGCUUCUUCAAGAGACGGCAUUAUGUCAUACAGGAGCUUGUUGAGACUGAGCGGGAUUAUGUAAGGGACCUGGGCUAUUUAGUAGAGGGCUACAUGAACAAAAUGAAGGAGGAUGGAGUACCCGAUGACAUGAAGGGAAAAGAUAAGAUUGUCUUUGGAAACAUACAUCAGAUUUAUGACUGGCACAAAGACUUCUUUCUUGGAGAGUUGGAGAAGUGCCUUGAAGAUCCUGAUAAACUGGCAACCCUGUUUGUCAAGCAUGAGAGAAGAUUGCACAUGUACAUUGUGUACUGCCAAAACAAACCCAAAUCAGAGCACAUAGUGUCUGAAUAUAUAGACACCUAUUUUGAGGACCUCAAACAGCGUCUAGGCCACAGACUACAGAUUACGGAUUUAUUAAUAAAACCAGUGCAGAGAAUUAUGAAGUACCAGUUGCUGCUAAAGGACUUCCUCAAAUACUCCAAAAAGGUUGGCGUGGAUACUUCAGAAUUAGAGAAAGCUGUGGAGGUCAUGUGCAUUGUACCAAAAAGAUGCAAUGACAUGAUGAACGUUGGGCGGCUCCAAGGAUUUGAUGGUAAGAUCGUUGCCCAGGGCCGGCUGCUCCUGCAGGACACAUUUCUGGUAUCAGAUCAGGACUCUGGACUCUUGGCACGCAUGAAAGAGAGGCGGGUCUUCCUCUUUGAGCAGAUGGUCAUUUUCAGUGAGCCCCUUGACAGGAAGAAAGGCUUCUCAGUGCCUGGUUACCUCUAUAAAAACAGCAUUAAGGUGAGCUAUUUGGGGCUGGAGGACAGUGUGGAAGGGGAUCCAUGUAAAUUUGCACUGACCUCCAGAUCAGCUGACAGCAGCACUGAAACCUAUAUCCUGCACUCUGCAAACCCUGGAGUGCGGCAGGUGUGGAUGCACGAAAUCAACCAAAUUCUGGAAAACCAGCGAAACUUUUUAAAUGCCUUGACCUCUCCGAUUGAGUACCAGAGGAACCAUGUUGGUGCCGGUGGAGCCGGCAGUAUCAGCAGCAGCUCCUGCAGCAGCAGUGUUGGCAUAGUGCCCAGCUGCAGCAGCACUGCGGGAAGCCGGACCAGGCCCUCCCGCAUCCCCCAGCCCGUCAGGCACCACUCCCCAGUGCUGGUCUCCUCUGCAGCCGCAGCGCCUGAAGGGCCAGACAAGAUGUCAGGUACGUCUGCUCGCAACUCCUCCCUGCCGCCCCCCAACAACAGAAACUCCUCCUCCCUCGCAGAACAGCCGGAGAAGGACACUGGGAAGGAGAUACCCAAGAUGAAAGUCUUGGAGAACCCCCGCAGUAGCAAGCAGCCAGGCUCAGCAGAGGGGAACCUAAAGGAACUUCGGGGCAGCUUGGAGGACACCCACUCCCAUUCUCCCAGGGCCAGUGUUGGCCCAUUGACACUGGGUAAGCCAAGGCCGGGAGCAAUCUCCCCCAUGGGGUCUCCAGUUUCUCCAUCUCCCUUCGGCAAGGAGACCUUCACCCCCGGUAGCCCGGUGCAAAAGGGUACCUCGUUUUGGACUUCCAUCCCUGCCUCGCCUGCCAGCCGUCCAGGCUCCUUCACCUUCCCUAGCGAGACUGACUCGAUCGGGCACCAGAUGCACCGCAACUCCACCCACAGCAAGGACACCGACCGCAUGAGCACCUGCUCCUCCACCAGCGAGCAGUCUGUGCACUCCACCCAGAGCAAUGGGAGUGAAAGCAGCAGCAGCAGUAACAUCUCCACCAUGCUAGUGACACACGACUACAUGGCGGUGAAGGAGGAUGAGAUUAAUGUCUACCAGGGAGAGGUGGUUCAGAUUCUGGCCAGCAAUCAACAAAACAUGUUUCUGGUGUUCCGCGCCGCCAAUGAAAUGUGCCCCGCUGCCGAGGGCUGGAUCCCCGGCUAUGUGCUGGGGCACACUUCAGCAGUCAUACCCGACUACCCCGAAGGAACCGUCAAGAAGUCGUCAUCGUGGCACACAGCACUCCGCCUAAGGAAGAAGUCGGAAAAGAAAGACAAGGAUAGCAAGCUAGAAAACGGCUACCGGAAGUCCAGAGAAGGAUUGCCCAAUAAGGUUUCUGUAAAGCUUCUUAAUCCCAACUACAUUUAUGAUGUUCCCCCAGAGUUCCUUUCCCCCCUGAGUGACGUAACCUGUGACAGCGGUGAGUGCGUCACCCUCAGAUGUAAAGUCUGUGGUCGACCCAAAACUACCAUCACCUGGAAAGGACCAGACCAAAACACUCUAAGCAAUGAUGGACACUACAGCAUUGCAUGCAGUGAAUCUGGAGAGGCUACCCUCAGAAUAGUGGGUGUAUCCACAGAAGAUGAUGGCACGUACACCUGCGUGGCCACCAACGAUGUGGGUUCAGUCUCAUCCGCGGCUAGCCUCCGAGUGUUGGGUCCUGCCAGUGAUGGAAUCAGAGUCCUCUGGAAGGAUGGCUUUGAUUCGAUUUACAGCGAGACAGCAGAGUUGGGCAGGGGCAGGUUCUCUGUGGUGAAGAAGUGUGACCAGAAAGGGACCAAGCGAGCUGUAGCUGCAAAGCAUGUGAACAAGAAGCUGAUGAAACGGGACCAAGUGACCCACGAGCUCAGCAUCAUGCAGCACCUCCAACACCCACAGAUCAUUGGUCUUCUGGACAUCUUCGAGACAUCAGCCAGCUAUGUAUUAGUAUUAGAGAUGGCAGACCAAGGCCGUCUUCUAGACUAUAUUGUAAGCUGGGGUAACCUUACAGAGGAGAAGGUGACGAUGUAUCUUAGGGAUAUAUUCAAAGCUUUGCAGUACCUUCAUAACUGUCGAAUAGCUCAUUUGGACUUGAAGCCUGAAAACAUAUUGGUAAACCACACUACAGCUCAGCCAACUGUUAAACUGACCGAUUUUGGGGAUGCGGUCCAGUUGAACAGCACAUACUACAUCCACCCAUUGCUGGGGAGUCCGGAGUUUGCAGCUCCAGAGCUGAUUCUGGGCAACCCCGUCUCCUUGUCAUCCGACACCUGGAGCAUCGGAGUGCUGACUUACGUGGUUCUCAGUGGAGCCUCCCCUUUCCUGGAUGAAAGCGUGGAGGAGACCUGCCUGAACAUUUGCUGUUUGGACUUCAGCUUCCCAGACGACUACUUUCAAGGAGUCAGCCAGGCCGCCAAAGAUUUUGUGUGCUGCUUGCUGCAAGGCGACCCUGCCAAGCGGCCCACGGCUGCAGUCUGCUUGCAAGAGCCAUGGCUGCAGCCGGGGGGCCACCGCAGCCCUGCAUGCAUAGAGACAUCCAGACUGAUUUCCUUCAUCGACCGGCGCAAACACCAGAACGAUGUUCGACCCAUUGGCAGCAUUAAGAACUUCUUACAAAGCAGACUCAUGCCUAGGGUUUGACCUGGAGUAAAAAAAUAAAUAAAUAAAAAAUUCUCUCAUUCUCUUUCACCUGCCAGUCUGAAUUCUGAAGACCGCUGCGGUAUUCAGCCAGUAUCUGCUGCGGACUGGUUAGAAAGAUAAAAAGAUAAAGACUGACAGCUAGUGAGCCGCUUUUGUGGCCACAUCUUCGUGUGGAAACUGCAUGCCAAGGAAACCUGCAGAAAAGCAGAACUUGGGAUUAGCAAUGCAAACUAAGCUAGCAUGGAGGGCUAUGUGAAUACUUCUCUGCCUGAGCCAGACAGAGCAAGCCUUUGUUAUUUUACAGUAUUUCAAUUCAGGUUGCUUAAAAUGAAUAAAUAAGAGUUUUCAAGAAAAUCCCUUUUUUAAAACAAUGUAUAUGAAACAAAAGCAAUCAAAUGAGGAGAACAAAUCUUUAUCCAAACAUUUUCAAGAACUUAUUUAAAAAAAUAAAUAAAAAAGAAACAAGGGAACUCCCACCUCCACUUUAGUAGAAAAAAAGACUAAAAUCUUGAGUUAGAUGGUAGCAUGCAGUGGCUGCUCAGCCAAAGUGGCCUCCGUUAAGACAUUUCUAAGUUAAAUCGGUCAUCACAGCUUUUUGAUUUGCCUCGCUUUGUAUUUAUUCUACUAAACCAUGCAAAUCAUACCACAAGCAGCCAUAUUGGUUUGAACUGCUGCGGGGUGAACCUCAAAAGUUUUGCUUUUAAUAGAACAAAAUUGUGUUACUCUGAUUAAAAAUAUAUAAGCCUUACUUUUGUAUAUAGACUGUUUUGUCUGGCUUUUUUUUUCAUUUUUGAAAUGGUGGCUUGCCACAGAGGUUCUGCUGUGAGUUGGAGAUAGCAAACUGAGAGAUAAAUAGAAAGGCAGGGGCUUUUCUGUGGCAUGACAUAUACUGCCAGUCAGAUUGAAGAAGAGUGUGAAGAUGCUAUGCUGUAAAUUCACUUGUUGUAUAUUAGGUUUCACUUCGUAUCACAUGCAGUGUUGUGGCUUUAACAUUUUAUGCAACUCUAUUUAUGAAGACCUCUGUUGUACUUGUAAUAAAUAUAUAGAAAAGCACCUACUUGAUACUGCAAGUUCUACAGUUAUUUGUGUUUCUUUUCACUGUUCCAUUAGUUCAGUAUUAUUUCCCAAAAUCCCUAGUAGCUCAAACUAGUAAAAAUUCCAAGGAUGGUGAAAAUCCUGUGGAUCGACAUGGCACUUACAUUUGACCUAUCUUAUUUGUAUUACUAGUUAAACCAAAGUGCUCCAAGCUUUACAAGAAACUAGUGCUUUUUUUUUAAGUUUUUUUUUUCCCCCUUUUAAAAAAUUAUAUAUAUUAAAGCAGAACUGUAAGGUGGGACAGAUUAGUUAUGAUUGUAGCUUUAUUUAUUUAAAAAAGGGGAAUGGUGGAUAUUUACCUGGUUUAACAUUUAAUUUGCCUGUCAUUUCAUACUAUAGAAGUUCUUCAUAUAUAAUUAUCACCACAUUGUAUAUAGAAUGGUGUACUCUCUAAUUGUUAUCUUUUAGCAUUGGAGUGAAUCGACCCCAAACUUAUGAAAAAGUUGCAUUUCAUAGUUCAAUUGGUGAGGUAUUCCUGGAAGAAGAGGAUCCUUUGAUGUUUCCAGCAGUUUAUGCAGCUUUGAAAUGUAAUUUAUACACUGAUAGAAACCCUGAUGUUGCAGGUGUAAUGUUUGCAAACUGAAAUUUGGCUGAAUAUUAAAACUGCCUUUUGAUUGAAACUAUAUUGCAAGAUUUUUAAUCUAAACAGAAUCAAAAUCAAAAUCAAAAUGCAAGGUUUGUUUAUCUGAGAACUGAAAAGACAACUGUAUUUUGUCCAGGUAUUUGGAAGUUACACAAUCUCUAUUUUCCAUGUUCUUGCCAGUGGUUUCACCUAUACAGUCCCAUUCAGUCAUUGUACUCAUGUAUUUAUUCAUAAUUGUAAAGCUGUACAGAGACAAAUUACUACGGGAAUUUGGACUGGAUGUGUUUUCGUACAAACCUCAUCGUAUUAUAUAAAUAUAUAUUUUUUUGUGUAUUUGAUUUUGUCAUUUUUACGUUUAUUAUUUGUGCAUGUAUAUUUCUUUGUACAGAAACCAAGUGUUUACACAGUAUGUGCUGUAAAUAUUUUAUUUUGCCAUCAGUUUUAAAAUUAAACGUAUGCAACAUA